AUCUAGCCUGGCGCUGCGGUGUGGCGCUCCAUCAUUUAGCAGCGAGGGUACCGCUCCGUCCUCAUCAUCUGCUCCGUCCUCAUCAUCAGCUCCGUCCUCAUCAUCAGCUCCACUGAGACAUGGCACCCAAGAAAGCCAAGAAGAGAGCAGAGGGAGGCAGCUCCAAUGUGUUCUCCAUGUUUGAACAGGCCCAGAUCCAGGAGUUCAAAGAAGCUUUCACCAUCAUGGAUCAGAACAGAGACGGUUUCAUUGACAAGAAUGACCUGAGAGACACAUUUGCAGCGCUAGGCCGGCUAAACGUCAAGCAAGAAGAGAUUGAUGAGAUGCUGAAGGAGGCACCGGGGCCGAUUAAUUUCACAGUCUUUCUCACCAUGUUUGGAGAGAAACUGAAAGGUGCUGACCCGGAGGAGACCAUCCUCAACGCUUUCAAAGUGUUUGACCCGGAGGGGAAGGGAACGUUAAAGAAAGACUAUGUGACGGAGAUGUUGACCACCCAGGCAGACCGGUUCUCCCCUGAAGAGAUGGAACAGAUGUUUGCAGCAUUCCCACCAGAUGUAGCAGGAAACCUCGACUACAACAACCUGGUCUACAUCAUCACGCACGGUGAAGAGAAAGACCAGGAGUAGGUGAUCCCUCUGGAGAGUGGCUCAUUGUGGUUGAGACUAUAGCAGAAACACAAAGUCAAACAUUCAUUCACAUCAAUCACAUUAUUUUACUUUCAUGUGUCAAUGAAGUAUUCACUCAGUCAUUAUAGUGCGUAUAUUUAUUACUACACUAUGUACAUGUGAUCUCUUGAUACACAGAAAAUAAACAUUUCUGAGACAACAGAAAUAAAGUGUUAAAUGUGUUUUGACAUUA